AUCAACUCUUGCUGUACUUACUACUCUGGCUGCCUCUGGUGUUUUCGCAAUGUUGCCAGGCCCAUGGUGCCCCAGAGGUGUCAUCGGCGCUCUCUAUUUUGCUGGACUGAGCAACGCCGUCAAGCUCCUUGAAUCUAGCGCUCUUGUCUCAUGCUCAGAUACCAGUAUCAUCGAGACCAGCAAGUUUGAGAUGACACUGACACCAGGCAAUGCCAGCCUCGCCAUCGAAUUCGACGGUGAACUCACUUACUCCGGCAAAGUAAUUAUGGAUGUUAGUUUGCUGGUCUACGGGUACAGCUUCUUGACUGCGCAAAUGGACCCGUGCGACUAUGAUUUAUCCGGAUUUUGCCCAAUGACACCAGAAAACCUAACAAUGCCAUCUACAACGAUUACUUUGUCAGAUAGUGUGAUAUCAACAAUUCCAAGCAUCGCCUAUAUGGUUCCUGAUCUCGAUGCCAUCGUCCGUGUCAAUUUACUUUCCAAGUCGACAAAUCAAACUCUCGCUUGUAUCGAAGCCCGUAUCACCAACAGUUCUACGGUCUACCAAGCGGCUAUAAGCUGGACACUUGCCGUUAUCACAGGACUGAGCCUUUUCGCAAGCACACUCCUCUCAAUUCUCGGAUAUGAUAAUAUCGCGACACAAGUUUUGUUCCGCACAUUACUCUUCCUUGGUUUCAUACAGAGUCAAGCCAUUGCUGGCCUCGCUGCGGUGGAUUAUACGCCACUAAUCCAGAAUUGGACUCAGAAUCUUCAAUGGACAAUGAGCAUUGUACAUGCGACUUUCCUGAACACCAUGACGACUUGGUUCCAGCGUGCGACGGGAGGUACAGCUUCAGAUCUUAUUUCCGAGGCCGACGAUAUUUCAAUCGGUCUCCUGAGACGUUCAACGGAUCUCCUCGUAAAGAGAAGCGACACGACAUCAGAUGGAGCGGAAGUCCUGCUGCACGGAAUCGUUCGCAUGGGAUACAUCGCAGGCAUUGACUCUACCAAUAUCUUUAUGACAGGGUAUCUGGUCUUUUAUUUCAUUACGAUUUUCAUGCUCUUGGCUAUCAUGGCCCUCAACUUUGCUUCACCUGCAAUUUUGAACAAGAUUUACGGUGCGAAGGCCUAUGAUGCCUUGAAAGCUCAAGUUGACUGGCAGACUUUCCUGGGAGAGAAUGUUUGCCGGAUCGCAUAUCUCGGUUUCCCGCAAGCCUGCGUGUUUUGCAUGUGGGAAUUAUAUCGCCGGGAUUCGGCAGCUGAAGUUGUCCUCGCUAUCACUUUGUGGCUCGUCAUGACUAUCGUCCUCGGCAAUGCAACUUUUAGAGGCUUCCGCUCUUUUGGGGGCUUUCGCUAUGUGCGACUGUGGAAAGAUACGAACAAAAUCUCAAAUUGGUCGCCCUGUACUAAUCAGACCUGCCAAUCGAAAUGGGGCUACCUGUACAUUCUCUACAGAGCCGAGGCGUACUACUUCGUUGCUCCUCUACUACUCUAUACAGUCUUGAAAGGCAUGGUCAUCGCAUUCACACAGAACAUUCCUUUAGCACAGGCUAUUGUUCUUCUCAUCAUUGAGGCUGCUUUUUUGAUCUCUACCGCAGUUAUACGACCCUAUUUCGACAAGAAAUCCAACCGCUUCGCGAUAACCGCCGCUGCCCUGAAUUUUGUCAACGGCAUCUUUAUCCUGGUGUUUACAGAUACCUUUAAUCAGCCAGAUCUCAUGACUGGGAUCAUGUCUGUGUUGUUUUUCUUCUACAACGCAAUAUUUACCCUUGUCCUUCUCAUAUUCUUGUUGAUCGGCCUUUUCUACGCUAGCCAGCUCAAGGAGCUAGCUUCGGGAUGGCAGCCUCUCCCUCAAAACCGUGCCUCUGUGUAUUCCACAAAUCAAUUGCUUCAGGCCGACAAUCGAGGGUCAAUCGAGCUGCUUUCCCCUCACCAGGCAGAAAUGACAACUGGAGAGCUGUGGCGGUCACAGCGCCCCCACCCGCCUACAGGCAAGAAUCUUGAAUUAAGCGUGACAAUUCCUCGGAAUUCAAGCACCAUGCCGUCUGAGUCACUUUGGAAUGUUGAUCAUGGACACGAUGGGAUUACCUACAAUGUACGGCAUAGCGCCGCACCUCCUUCCCCAUUUGCGCAUCCGGUUGAACCAACAUUGCCUAAAAUUCAUAUUAGCUAGAGCGAAUUGAGAAGAAAAUAGAACUCAAAUUUUUGGACUCAAUC